AGAAAAAAGAAAGAAGCAAAGCAGUGUCACUCAAAACCUUCUUUCUCUCGCAAUUUCUUCUCUCUGAGUCUCUCUCACAGUUCCGCCAUUUUCACUCUCUCUCUCUCACUCAGAUUCCUCCCUCUUUUUAAAACCCUUGUCUCCCCGACUCGUUGUUUCGUCUCUUUUCCGGGUUCAGGAACCAAACCGGGUCAAAUCCUCUGCUGAAUCGUCGAUUCUUAGGGUUUUGUGUCAUGGAGGAAGAAUCUUCUUCAUCAGAAAUUCUAGAAGGAGAGAUUGUUGGAAUCACAUUUGCCCUUGCAAGUAACCAUGAAAUCUGUGUAGCAUCGAUUAGUGAAUCCUCAAUCAAUCAUGCCAGUCAACUCUCUAACCCCUUCUUGGGGUUGCCUCUGGAGUUUGGCAGGUGUGAAUCGUGCGGUGCGACAGAGCCAGAUAAAUGUGAAGGUCAUUUCGGUUAUAUUCAGCUUCCAGUGCCAAUAUACCAUCCUGCUCAUGUUAAUGAACUGAAACAAAUGCUGAGCCUUCUGUGCUUGAAAUGUCUGAAGAUAAAGAAGGCAAAGAGCACAAGUGGUGGUCUGGCGGAGCGCUUAUUAGGUGUCUGUUGUGAGGAAGCUGCAAACAUCUCAAUCAGAGAUAGAUCAUCGGAUGGGGCCUCAUAUCUAGAACUGAAGCUCCCAUCUAGGUCAAGACUGCAGGCGGGUUGCUGGAAUUUCCUGGAAAGAUAUGGUUACCGCUAUGGAAGCAACUACACGCGGCCCCUGUUGGCAAGAGAGGUAAAGGAAAUUCUAAGACGGAUCCCUGAAGAAACAAAAAAGAAACUCACAGCAAAGGGACAUAUUCCUCAAGAAGGAUACAUAUUGGAAUAUCUUCCACUCCCGCCUAACUGUUUGUCAGUGCCAGAUGUUUCUGAUGGUUUCAGCUCCAUGUCAGUGGAUCCUUCCAGAAUUGAGCUAAAAGACGUUCUUAAGAAAGUGAUAGCCAUAACAAGCUCUAGGUCUGGCGAGACAAACUUUGAGUCGCAUCAAGCUGAAGCCAAUGGAAUGUUUAGAGUGGUGGAUACCUAUCUGCAGGUUAGGGGUACUGCCAAAGCAACAAGAAACAUUGACAUGAGAUACGGGGUGUCUAAGAUCUCGGAUAGUUCAUCUUCAAAAGCUUGGACAGAAAAAAUGAGAACACUUUUCAUCCGAAAGGGUUCAGGUUUCUCUUCCCGUAGCGUCAUCACUGGAGAUGCGUACAGAGAUGUGAAUGAGGUAGGCAUCCCAAUUGAAAUUGCGCAGAGAAUCACUUUUGAGGAAAGGGUUAGUGUCCACAACAUAAGUUAUCUACAAGAGUUAGUAGACAACAAGUUGUGUUUGAGUUAUACUCAAGGUUCGACGACCUAUUCUUUAAGGGAUGGAGCCAAGGAGCACACUGUGCUUAAACCUGGGCAGGUUGUUCAUCGCAGGGUCAUGGAUGGGGAUGUUGUGUUUAUCAACCGACCCCCGACGACACAUAAGCAUUCUCUUCAAGCGCUUCGGGUGUAUGUUCAUGAAGAUAACACCGUGAAGAUUAACCCUCUGAUGUGUAGUCCCCUCAGUGCUGAUUUUGAUGGUGAUUGUGUCCAUCUGUUCUACCCACAGUCACUUAGUGCUAAGGCAGAGGUUAUGGAGCUCUUCUCUGUGGAGAAGCAACUGCUUAGCUCCCAUACUGGACAGCUGAUUUUGCAGAUGGGUUGUGAUUCUUUACUGUCUUUGAGGGUUAUGCUGGAGCGGGUGUUUCUGGACAAGGCAACUGCUCAACAGUUAGCUAUGUAUGGCUCUCUGUCUCUGCCACCACCAGCACUAAGGAAGUCCAGUAAAUCUGGCCCAGCUUGGACAGUUUUUCAGAUUCUACAGCUUGCCUUUCCAGAGCGUCUGACCUGCAAAGGUGACAGAUUCAUGGUUGAUGGAAGUGAUUUGCUGAGGUUUGAUUUCGGGGUUGAUGCGAUGGCAUUCAUCAAUGGCAUUGUAACUUCAAUCUUUCUGGAGAAGGGUCCAAAGGAGGCACUUGGAUUCUUCGACUCGCUACAACCUCUUUUGAUGGAAAGUCUUUUUGCUGAGGGAUUUAGUGUAAGUUUGGAAGACUUAUCCAUGUCUAGGGCAGACAUGGUGUCUCGCUUGAGAUUAUCAUAUGAAGAUGAAUUGCAACUAGAGAACAGCAUCCACAAAGUGAAGGAAGUGGCUGCUAACUUUAUGCUUAAGUCAUAUUCCAUGCGGAACUUGAUCGACAUCAAGAGUAACUCAGCAAUCAACAAGCUGGUGCAGCAGACAGGCUUCUUGGGUCUUCAGCUUUCUGACAAGAAGAAAUUCUACACGAAGACUCUGGUAGAGGACAUGGCUCUCUUUUGUAAGAGAAAGUACGGCAGGAUUUCUUCAUCUGGCGAUUUUGGAAUAGUGAAGGGCUGCUUCUUUCAUGGGCUGGAUCCGUAUGAAGAGAUUCAUUCAAUUGCAGCAAGGGAGGUUAUUGUUCGCUCUUCAAGGGGGUUAGCUGAGCCUGGAACUCUCUUUAAGAAUCUGAUGGCUGUUCUUCGGGAUAUCGUGAUUACAAACGAUGGAACUGUAAGAAACACCUGUAGUAACUCAGUCGUUCAGUUCAAAUAUGGAGUUGAUUCUGAACAUGGACAUCAAGGUCUUUUUGAGGCGGGAGAACCUGUUGGAGUAUUGGCAGCUACUGCCAUGUCAAAUCCUGCGUAUAAGGCAGUGCUUGAUUCCACUCCAAAUAGUAAUUCAUCAUGGGAGCUAAUGAAGGAAGUUCUGCUCUGCAAAGUCAAUUUCCAAAACACUACUAAUGAUCGGCGCGUAAUUCUAUAUUUGAAUGAAUGCCAUUGUGGAAAAAGGUUUUGCCAGGAAAAUGCUGCUUACACAGUCAGGAACAAGCUGAAGAAAGUUAGUCUUAAAGAUACUGCCGUGGAAUUCCUCGUCGAAUACAGAAAGCAACAAACUAUAUCAGAAAUUUUUGGAAUUGAUUCAUGCCUACAUGGCCAUAUUCAUCUUAAUAAGACAUUGUUGCAAGAUUGGAACAUCAGUAUGCAGGAUAUCCUUCAAAAGUGUGAGGAUAUAAUUAAUUCACGAGGACAAAAGAAAAAGAAGAAAGCUACUGACGACUUCAAGAGAACAAGUUUGUCUGCCAGUGAGUGCUGCUCUUUCCGAGAUCCUUGUGGGAGCAAAGAUUCAGAUAUGCCUUGUUUGAUGUUCUCCUACAAUGCCACCGAUCCUGAUCUAGAAAUAAUUCUUGAUGUUCUUUGCAAUACAAUUUACCCGGUUCUGCUGGAUACAGUGAUCAAAGGUGAUCCACGGAUUUGCUCAGCAAAUAUAAUCUGGCAUAGUUCAGACAUGACAACGUGGAUCCGGAAUCGUCAUGCAUCCCGCCGGGGGGAAUGGGUUUUGGAUGUCACUGUUGAAAAAUCUGCUGUCAAGCAAAGUGGUGAUGCAUGGAGGGUUGUGAUAGACUCAUGUCUUUCAGUGCUUCAUCUGAUAGACACAAAACGGUCAAUCCCUUAUUCUAUAAAGCAAGUGCAAGAAUUGCUUGGGUUAUCCUGUGCUUUUGAACAAGCAGUACAGCGUCUAUAAGCUUCAGUGAGAAUGGUCUCCAGAGGAGUCUUGAAAGAACACAUCAUUCUCCUAGCAAACAACAUGACUUGUUCAGGGAAUAUGUUGGGUUUCAAUUCUGGAGGUUACAAAGCUUUGACCCGAUCCUUAAACAUUAAGGCUCCAUUCGCAGAAGCAACUCUGAUUACACCAAGAAGAUGUUUUGAGAAAGCGGCUGAGAAAUGUCAUAAAGAUUCUCUAUCAACAGUCGUUGGGUCUUGUUCUUGGGGAAAACGCGUGGAUGUUGGUACAGGUUCACAGUUUGAGCUUCUAUGGAACCAAAAAGAGACUGGUCUAGAUAAUCAAGAAGAAACAGAUGUGUACGGCUUCCUCCAAAUGGUCAAAUCCACGACAAAUGCAGAUGCAUAUGUGUCUUCCCCUGGUUUUGAUGUUACAGAGGAAGAAAUGGCUGAAUGGGCUGAAUCGCCUGAGCGAGACUCUGCCCUUGGAGAGCCUAAAUUUGAGGACAGUGCCGAGUUCCAAACUAUAUAUGAAGAAGGCCAGCCAUCAGGAUCCAACUGGGAGAAAAGCUCUUCUUCUUCGUGGGAUAAUGGUUGCAGUGGUGGCCCAGAAUGGGGAGUCUCAAAAAACACAGGGGGUGAGGCAGACCCGGAGUCUAAUUGGGAAAAGACUACACAUGUUGAGAAGGAAGAUGCUUGGUCUGGUUGGAACACUAAAAAAGAUGCUCAAGAAUCUUCCAAGUCAGAUUCAGGGGGUGCUUGGGGCUUAAAGACAAAGGAUGAUGAUGCAAAUACAACACCAAACUGGGAAACAAGACCAGCUCAUACAGAUUCUAUUGUCCCAGAAAAUAGUGAGCCGUCUUCUGACGUUUGGGGACUCAAAUCUGUUUCAGACAAAUCAUGGGAGAAAAAGAACUGGGGAACUGAAUCAGCUCCUGCUGCAUGGGGUUCAACAGAUGCUGCUGUUUGGGGUUCUAGUAGCAAAAUGAACUCGGAAACUGAAUCAGAUGCUGCUGCUUGGGGUUCUAAGGACAAAAAGAAUUCUUACAUUGGGUCAGGUGCUGGUGUUUUGGGUCCCUGGAACAAAAAGAGCUUGGAAACUGAGUCAGAUAGUGCUACUUGGGGUUCUAGUGACAAAACUAAAUCAGGUGCUGCUGCAUGGAGUUCUUGGGACAGAAAAAACAUGGAAACUGAUGCUUGGGGUUCCCAGGUCAAAAAGAAAUCUGACACUGAGUCAGGUCCUGCUGCUUGGGGUGCUUGGGACACAAAGAAAUCGGAAACUGAAUCAGGUCUUGCUGGUUGGGGUACCGCGGACAAAAAGAAUUCGGAAACUGAAUCAGGUCCUGCUGCUUGGGGUUCUUGGGGACAGCCAAGUCCCACUGCAGCAGACAAUGAUACCAAUGAAGAUGAUGGAAAUCCGUGGGUUUCCUUGAAGGAGACCAAAAGUAGAGAGAAUGAUGAUAAAGAGAGAAUCCAGUGGGGAAAUCCAGCCAAGAAAUUUCCAUCUAAUGGCUCACAUGGUGGCUGGUCCAAUGGUGGUGGUGCAGACUGGAAAGGAAAAAGGAACCAUACUCCUAGGCCACCAAGAUCUGAGGAUAAUUUGGCUCCCAUGUUUACAGCAACGAGACAGCGCUUGGACUCAUUCACCUCUGAGGAGCAAGAGCUUCUCUCAGAUGUUGAGCCAGUCAUGAGGACUCUCAGGAAAAUAAUGCAUCUGUCUGGGUACCCUGAUGGAGACCCAAUUUCUGAUGAUGACAAGACGUUUGUCCUGGAGAAGAUUUUGAACUUCCAUCCCGAAAAAGAGAAAAAGCUCGGCUCUGGUGUUGAUUUCAUCACGGUUGAUAAGCACACCACAUUCUCAGAUAGCAGGUGCUUCUUUGUUGUUUCAACUGAUGGGACCAAACAGGACUUUUCAUACAGAAAAUCCCUAAACAACUAUUUGAUGACGACAUACCCCGACCGCGCUGAAGAAUUCAUAGACAAAUACUUUCCGAAACCUCGGCAGACUCAAGCUCAGUCUCCAUCUCAGGCUCAGGCUCAUUCUCCAUCUCAGACUCAGGCUCAGUCUCAGUCUUCGUCUCAGAAUCAGACUCAGACUCCAUCUCCGUCUCAGACUCAGGCUCAAUCUCCCUCUCAGACUCAGUCCCCGUCCCAGACUCAGACAUAAACUCUUUCUGACUUGACAACAAAAGAAGGUAUGGUUCAUUUAGCUAAACCAUUCAGUCUCCACUGUUUUGUUUUGAGAUGUACAUAAAGAGUGGAGCGAAUGGCGGUUUCUAUUUAUCAUAAAAAAGACUCUGAUGUGAAGUGCAAAACAAUGUGUAAAUGCAGUUCUCUAGUUGCAGAUCGUUUGUCCUUAAAUCAGGUUUAGGUUUCGGUGACUGGUUAAGUUUUAAAGUCUAGCGGCAUUGUAAUGAUGUUUGACAUUGACAUAUUUUAUUUAUCGAGCAAUGCAUUUGCAAAUCUCA